CGCGACCACGAACCACGCGCGCGUCGUCGUCGUCGUUUACCCCACGAGCGAUGGGUAUCUUAAGAAACGCGCGCAUGGCGUACACCGGCGGCAAGCUCGCGACGAAGCUCGCGCUCCCGUGCGCGGUCGCGAAAAAGCUCUCGUGCUACCUGCCGUCGUUCGUGUACUCGAACGUGCCGUACCAGGCGCGGUACGGCCUGGACGUGCUCGGCAUGCUCAACCCGCGAGAGUGGAACGACCUCAUCGACAUGCUCCUCGCGGAGCUCGACCCGGAGACGCGAGAGCUCGUGAGCCAGUACCGGCCGUAUCUUCCGCUCGUGCUGUACUUCGUCGCCGCGAUCGCCAUCCUGACGCUCGCGACGAUCCUCUACGUGGCGUUUCUCGUCGCGAAGCCCAUCACGAAACCGAUCGCGAAGCUCGCGCUCGCGCCGGUGCUGUCCGCCGUCGGCGCGGUCGCCGCCGCGGCGAAGGGGGGAGCAUCGAAACCCGCGACGGCGAAGACGGUGGUGCGCGCGACGAAGGCGGAGGCGCCGGCGCCGAAAGCAGCCGGGGGGAAGAAACCGAAACCCGACGCGUUCGUCGACGCGUGCGACGCGUGGCUCGCCGCGCUCCCGGCGAAAGGCAAGGCCGCGCUCGAGAAAGCGAUCGCGUCCGGGGAGGACAGCAAGGCGGCGUUCGUGGCGUCCGCGGAGGCGGACACCGCGAAAGGCCGAGCGGCGGCGAGAGCGGCGCUCCUCGACGCCGCGCGAUGAGCGAGACAAAAACGCGCGUCCGUCGCGACGAGGCC